AGCCAUUUUGGCUCAAGGCGGGCCCAGCCGCCGCGGGUUCCGUGCGCAAGCGCCGCGCGGCACCUCUGGGCAUGGGCGAGCCUCCGGGCAACAAGCACGCAGACCCCACGGAGCAGCCAGCGUCGCCCGCUGCAUCGUCCUGCUACAGUUUGCAGUCGGACGUUUCGCCCGGACAGAGUCGUGUGGGGAGCGAUGCCUCUCCGAGACGAUUUGUCCGUCGUUUUAGUAACAAGUUUUUCGAUCGCCAGUCAUCGGUGCAGAGUGGACUAUCAUUUGAUAGCCGGCCCACUGGACAAAGCUGGCGACAACGUCGCCAUUCGCGCGGAUCGAAUGACGUUUUGGAUGUGGUGGAGGAGGAGAUGAGGUAUGAGGUCACCAUGCAGCAGAAAAGAUUUUCCCACAGCCCGAUAAACCCGCUGGCCGCGGAAGUCCUGCCGAAGCCGGAAGGGGUGAACCAGUAUUGCUGCGGAAACAAGAUCCGGAUCGGCACGCGCCGUGCUAUCAAGGUCAACAUGAGAGUCAAUGUGUUGGAAGUGUCAUCGAUCGAUGCGGUUCGGGAGCAAUUCACUGCCACAUUCACUGUGCAGAUGUUUUAUGUCGAUCCGAUGUUGAAGAAUUUUCGAACCGAAGCCUACUACUACUCUGACGGCGAAGUCAAGGUGGAAAAAAAUUGCCAGGUGGUCGGGGCAUGGAAAUAUUCAACGACUGGUAAAACGACAAUCCUCUUGGAGAGUGGGCAGGAGAUAGAGGUGGCGCCCACGCUCAUACAGCACAUCAGGCAGCCGGAUUGGGACAGCGAUGAGAAGUUGUUCAAGCCCGCGUUCACAUUCGGAAACGCCACCACGAACGCGGAAGUCGUCGAGCACAUACGCAUGUUGGAGUAUUGCAGCGCCGUUGGAGGUCAUGUCUUCGAGAAGUACAAGUUCCAGGCCACGUUCACUGAAAGGCUCGAGCUGGCGGACAUGCCCUUCGACAAGCAGAUGCUGAGGAUACGCAUAUACGGCGAGGAGCCGAUCUGGCGCCAGCAGAUGGCACCGCUCAAGGAUGAGACGGCGGGAUGGCUCACCGGUGACAACGCCACACCCUCGGAGUGGAAAGUGGACCGGGAGGUGCACGUAGAGGGAUGCAAGGUGCCGGCCGUGCGGCUGAUGGCGUGGAAGCUCGGCGACGACUCCUUCAGGUCCGUGCUCGAGGUCGUGGUCCACGUGAGGCGCGUGCCCACGUUCUACCUGUGGAACGUAGUGGUCAUCAAUUUCUCCAUCAGCCUGAUGACGGUGGCCUCCUACGCAUCGGUCCCGGACGAUUUCAACGCACGGUCGGAAAUCCAGUUCUUGCUCUUGCUGACAACUGUCGGGUACAAACUGGUCACCUCGUCCUGGCUGCCUGUGAAGUCGUACCUGACCCUGAUGGACUGGUACAUCCUCAUCAACUUCGCCCUCCAGGCGCUGGUCAUCACUCAGACCUUCUUGUGUUUAUUGUUGGCGUGCACGCUGGUCCCCGACACCGACAGCGACUGGCAGGACGGGCAGUACGACGGCGGCUACACGUUCCGGACCGCGCCAGACCGCGAGUGUUGGCCCGAGCUGGACACCUUCGAGCGGGUCUUCGCGACGGUGGUUUACGGGGCCUGGGUCAUCUCGCACAUGGUGUUCAUGGUUGCGCACAAGUACGGGUGGACGGAGUGCUUCGUCUCAUCGUGGACCAGAGUUUACGAAGACAACGGGAUGAUUGGACCAACAAUAGCGGAUUACGAUCAGUUUCCGUACGGCGACAUCGGCGACUCAGAGAAGUGAUAUUUGCUUGGGCAGCAAGAUUUUCUGUCAUCCUUUUCCGUCUUGCCCUCACCCUGCUCGCCCUCCUCGCCAUAAUUUCUCCGAACCCUUCCCCCACAUCUGCGCUCGACGCACCGCCUCUUGCUUUCUAAUCUGGGCCCCGGUCCACUGCAAGAGCUCGCCCAGGGCAGGCUGGUUCGUGCGGUGCUCCCGGCUGGCCUUGCGAUUCUCAGUUUCGAUGUCUCAGGUCCGUGUCACCCUUGUUGGACCCGGGUUUCUUCGCGGAUACGCUGCCGUGCGCCCAAAGGCGUGUUUGCACCACGUCGCGAUGGGCUGGGCGUGGGAUGGGGAAACGCCCUCCCAUGUGUGAUUCGAUGCCGCCGUCGCAGACCAUGUCAGUGACAGCUUCAAUCAUAUAUUCGGUUGGGAGGUUGUUCGUCAGUGAAUUCGUGAAGCAGGUUUGGGAAGCAAGAGUUUGCUUCUGCACGUGUCCGCCGACCUUCGCCAUCGUAGCCGCCUUCGUCUGUAUUUCCACAGCCGUCCGCGGGCUUACGCCGAUGGCAAGACGCAAUCUUCCCGAUCCAUCGAGGACGAGACCGCUAUUCCCUCAGACGAGACCGCUUUUUAGACGCGUUCGAGGAGGGGCCGCAAGUUGACGGAUGGUGCUCGAUCCCGCAGGGAGUAGGUUUUUGCGCUUGGCGCGAAAGCAUCUGGCGCUGAUUCAAGGACGACAGGUUUGAACCAUGUUGUCAUGUUGUUCUUUGUGCAGCUGCUGUGGGUUCACGGCUUAUGGUCGAGCUCAUAUGGGCGCUUGCGCAUCAAA